AUGGCGCCCUCCAAGAGCGCAUCGGCCCCAAAGCCGACCUCAUCCCCCGUCAAGAACGGCUACCUCAUCCUCUACAAUGCCGCCUCCGCCUUCGCCUGGGGUCUCGUCCUCCAAGGCACCGUCACGUCGCUUGUCGAAUCGGGCCCAGAGUCGGUCUACCUGAACGUCGGCGAAUUCACAAAGUGGACGCAAACAGCCGCGGCCAUGGAGAUUCUGCACUCCCUCUUCGGCGUCGUCCGCGCGCCCCUCUUCACAACCCUCAUGCAAGUCGCCUCGCGCUUCCUCCUCGUCUGGGGCGUCCUCUUCCUCUACCCGUACCUCGCCGUCCAGUCGCCCACCUACAGCUCCAUGCUCAUCGCCUGGUCCGUCACCGAGGUCAUCCGCUACACCUACUUUGCGCUGACGCUGUCCGGCCUGACGCCGCGCAUCCUCACCUGGCUGCGCUACAACACCUUCUUCAUCCUGUACCCGAUUGGCAUCCUGAGCGAGUGCUCGCUGGUCUAUCUCGCUGCGGUGGGGCCGGCUGCGACGGCGACGGAGCCUCCGUUGAGCUUGAUGCCGUAUGUCUUGUAUGGUGUUUUGGCCGUCUAUGUUCCUGGCGCUUAUAUCCUUUACACUCACAUGAUGGCCCAGCGAAGAAAGGUCAUGCGCGGCUUAAAGGCCAAGAACGAGAAGGCGACACAAUAA